AUGAAUACGAGGCCGGUGGUGCUCGUGUUGCUCUUGAUCGUGCUCGUCAUCACGUCGCAGUUCGAGUGGAAGCAGCAGAUCGGGGAGGCCGCGGACGCCGACCCGGCCGCCGCCCGCCGCCGGCAGCAGCUGCUCGCCAGGGAGGACGCCGUCAAGGAAAAGAUUAUAUUAUCUCAGGAGAAAAAUAUUCAACAGCUUAACCAGCUUAUCGAGAGCCUUCAGCGCCAGCUACUGCACUGCCGUGGUAGCAAUAACACUGUUCAUGCUGCUGCUGCUGCUGCUGCCGCCACAGAAGUAAGUGAAGUCGAGGGACAUGAGAUCAUUGAAGAUGAGAAUAGACGAUGA